ACUCUCUUCCCAACUUCUCUCCUUCUUCCCCUUCUUCCAUGCUUCACUGUUUUCUCUUUCCCUAUUAAUGCAAGCUCACAAGAACACACAAACAAGGAAACCUUGGUAUCAAAGAGCAAUGGAGGUUGCAAAUCUAUGGAAACCAACCACAACAACAACAACAACAAAGUCAAAUGGAAUGAUGGAAGGAGGAGAGUUCAAUAUGAACAACAAGCCAAAGUUGAAGAAGUGCACUUCAUUAAGGGUGGCAACAUCAUUCACACGUGUGUGUUUAUGUGCACCAAUCUCAUCAUACAAUGAGGUUUUCAGAGCCGAAAUGCCACCAAGAAGGAGCUACACUUAUCCAAGAUCAAAGCCUUUUGUUCCACCAUUAAUGGAGCAGAGAGCUCAAAGUGGUAAUACCACUACCACUAGUGUUCAUCAUCAUCAUCAUCAUCAUCAUUUUCAUCAUGGAAGGAGUACUACUUCGGUUGAGAGUAGAAGAGUGUUUAGAGGAAAGUCAUUGACUGAUGAUGUGUUGAUGAGGAGGUUUGUGGUGGAGGAGGAGGCCAUGAAUCAACUCAAGAGAAGGAAUCAAAUGGAGUUUGUGAGAAGGAGGAACUCUAUCAAGAGGAAGAAGCUUGGACCUAGUCCUCUCAGGCGAAUGGUCAUGGCCGAACAAGAUCGUCUGGAUUGACCAUGUAAUGACCCGGACCAGCCCAUGUGAGUUGAUCAAGAUCAUUAGAUUUUAUUGUGUAAUGAUCUGGCCCAGCCCAUGUGAGUAAUUGUCAAAAUGAUCAUAACU